AUGUCUUACUCAUUAGCUAUUAGCAAAGACUUCAAAUUUGACGUAAUAUUUCCUAACUGUAUGACUGAUUAUGAAAAAUAUAAACUAAAAUUCGAUGAACGUUAUAGAUCUAUUCCUGAAGUUCUAUGUAAUAAUAUUAAAGCUGAUCUUGGUCAAUGUACUAAUACUUCGAACUUUAUGACAGAUUGUAAAACACUUAUAUUCUAUUUAGACUAUGUACAUAAUAUAUCAUCCUCUUCUAAUAUAGGACCAUGUUGUAAUUAUUUCAACUAUAUUCUGAAGCAAUCACUAAAGGAGCUUAAUUGCACUGAACAAAGCUCUAGGUUUGCUUACGAAAAAAUAAAUAAUAGAAUCAUAGGAAGUAGUUUUAAUCAUGCUCAUAAUAUAUGUAUGACAAAUUUUGAAUCUCUUCAUGAUAAUUUGUAUUCCCUAUUAGACGAGCUCAAUGAACUAUAUAGAUCAUUUUUAACAAAAUCAGAAGGUUGUGCUAAUCAUAGUGAAUGUUAUAAGAAGUACAUGAAACUGUUAUUGGAAUAUGGAAAUAUAGAAAACCAUAGUUUUCAUGAAUUGCUAGAUAAAUUUAAAUAUGAAAAUAUGCAAUACAUGUCAGAUAUACAAGAAAGACUGAAACUUCAUGAAUCUUUGAAAAAUGCACGUAUCAUUAUAUUAACAUUAAUUAUAAUACCUUUUACACUAUCGAUGAUAACAUUCUUUCUGUAUAAGUUUACUCCAUAUGGAUUAAUUUUACAAUCAAGUAUAUGGAAGAUAUGGAGAGUGUGGAACAGAAAAAAUAAAGAUCAUCUGAACAUAAUGGAUUCAUCUGAAUUGAUAUACAAUAUUUUCAGAGAUAACAAAUACAAAAAAGAAUGUACCUCCUUAGGAUACCAAUGA